UAUGUUCACUCCUCGUCGACCAACAACGUCUGGCAAAGGGGCCAGCCCAUCAUCUGACCCCCGUCGACCGGAGCAGCCUCGACCGUCCACGACACCCAACGUGUCUGGCUGGGUCGCCAGCGUCUCGCGAGAGAACAAAGACUUCGCUCGCUUUGCCGAGUACUUUCAAACCCAGUUGGAGCACGCCGUUCGGUCUUCCGAGCACCAAGGCGACCCCAACGGGUUCCGCACAUCCGUGUGCUUUGAGCUACUUGACAUGGUGGGGCAGCAAUUCAAUCGGUACGACGGACUUCUCCGCACGAUCGUUCGAGAAUGCGAAAACAGCGUGUACGUUGACCCGCAGCACAACCACCAACACCACCGAGGCGCCCGGGUGCCGUUGAAAGCCAGCGACUACUUUGUAAGGCAGCCAUUCUUUGCAGAAUUGCACGUACAACAAGGCGCCAAGCAAGCCGUCGACGACGACAUCGCCGCGUUGGACGACCGACAUCAGUUCAUGAUGGAGCAGUUGGCCAUCAAGGAAAACGUCCUCGACCGCACAUCGCAACGAUGGGCUCGCACGAUCUUGUUGCAGGCGUUCCGAACGUGGAAUCGCGUGACCCAAGCCAAGCACAAAGUGCGCAUGUCGAUGCAAAAAGCCAUGGCCCGGUGGAAGAAGCGUCACAGCACGAUCUUGCUGCGGGCGUGGCGGCAGGCCGUGGUGUCUGAAAAGCAAAUCGCCGCCAGACGGCGGCUGUCGGCUCUCACCGACAACGCCGGCGACUGCAAAGAAUCGCAGCUGCGACUGGAAGGUUCGAUCAUGCAGCUUCGCGACGACAUUGCAAGUUUGAAGGGGUCGAUCGAAACUCAAACGACUACCCAAGAGCGUCUCCACCACACGUUUGCAGCCUUAAAGGAAGAGAUCUGGCACAGCCAAGAACGGCAACUGCAAUCGCUGUGCAACGAAUGGGGGCGGCUGUGCCUCACCCUAGUGGAUGCCGAGCUCACGUACUUGAGCUACAUGCUCGCAACCGUCAACCUCAGCGACUACUGCGAGCCCACCAUGAUGCUACGGCCCCGAGAGGACAAGCUCGAGCUGUUGCGUGCCCCGGAAGACGUGAUCGUGUUGCGGUGGGCCAGCUGCAUGUUCCACCGCCACCUUGUCUACAACGACGUCCGCCUUGGGACCAAAGCAAAGGCAGCCCCGAUGACAAGCAAAAGUUCCCCCGCGAGCGCUGCGGCCGCUGCCGCUGCCAGCUCGGACGCCGAGUUUUCCCGGGUGCAGAACUUCACGUCCGACCUCAAGGGAAUGUAUGUACUCGGGUCAAUUCUACGGGUGAUCCACCGCACCCAGCCACUGGACCAGCACAGCAAUGUGAACAGCAAUAACGACGACAUGGUGAAGGAAUGGACCACGGACAAAGUUCUGCACUACUUGCGCGUCCUUCGAUGCCCAGACUACCUCGUCCAACACCUUGAGCUGCACUUAGAUAAUCCAUCGGCGGACAUUAUGUACUGCGUGCUGAGCUACCUGUGCUGCGAAUUCACGUGCAUGGUGCCUGCUGCGUGUCCAUGGCAAGAAGCAUUGCAGUCCCUGCAAGAUGCCAAAACUGCUUGGGACAGCGUUCGCAAGGGCUGGUCCGAGCUCGAGACACCAUUCGACGUGACAAAGCUCGACCAUUUUCAACCCGACACGACGCACGUGAGUGUCGUGGCGAUGGCGAAAGAGGCCCUUCAGAACGCCGUGCAAAUGGUGCAAUACGCUUGUGCAGCGCGGGCAGCCAACAUGCAGUUGUGGACAUGCGUGCAAAAGCGCGUGCAUUUGAAAGCGAUCGACACGAUGCUGCAUCGGGCUCGGAUGGGGCUGCCGUUCCAGAUGACCAACCGGCGGGAGGCGCGGGAGAGGGCGAUGUACACCAAGGUGGACAUGGUCAAGCUGGCCCGGAUAUUGGACAUGGACGUGGCCGGCGAAAUGCCCAAGUUGGAAACCCUCUUUUCCGACCAAUACGAAGACGUUCAGCGCAUUUUCAAGUAUUAUGCCGCGAGCGACGUCGGCGACGCAUGCAGCAUGUCACUGGACGAAUUUCAUCGGUUUUUGAAAGAUUGCAAACUCGUGACCAAGUCGUUGGGGUUGGCGUAUGUCAAGAAAAUAUUCAACGAAAUCAACCAAGUCGAAGACAAAAGCGUUCAAUGUGACAUCGACGAUGACGACGACGACGAAGAGAACGAGGUGGAACUAGAAUUCGGGCCGACAGAGUUUGUUGAGGCGAUAGUGUGCGUUGCGGACAAGCGUCUGGGUAGCCACAAAGGCUUAAGCCUGAGCCAGCGGGUGAAAAAGUGUUUGGUCGAGUACAUCUUGGCCAACGCGUGUCGGUCGUCUACAGAUGCCUUUCGCCACCAAAUGAACGCCAUCGAGUGCAAAGCUGUGUUCCAGACGUAUCAGACCAAACUCGAGCAAAUCUACCGCCGGUAUGCGGCGCAGUCGAGCAGUUUGAAUGGCCAGGGGUUCGUAGCCCUGUUGGAGGUAGCUUGGAAUGGCGUACGACUUGUUCACGGACGUGCUCACGGUGGGGGAUGUCAAGCACGUGCUGAAAAAAAUCCAGCAAGAAAGCGACGACGCGCCUGAAAGUGGCGCCGCCGUCACCACCGACGUGGAUUUGGAGCUCACGUUUACAGAGUUUUGCGAGGUACAUGACCUUUAUGAUGAUGAAAUGAUCAUGUUGAUUCGUCCUUGAAGGCGUUGGGUGCGAUUGCAAUGUACUACAACCCAGAUAUCUUUGUGCCCGUUCACAAGCGCGUGGACGACUUCAUCAUGAAACUCGUUCGCGCGACCGAGUCUGGGCCCAAGCAAUAGCUCAUUGGACUUUGAUAAUCACUCAACCAUUAGACUGGAUUACACCUCGAGUUGUUGAGGUGCUGAGCUGCAGAGAUGCAAUGUUCUUGACCUGGUGCCAGAGCAUCUUCUGUGCUCUACAGCCUUAUAGCCAUAUGGACCACUGGCAUCACAGGCAAUCAUCUCGUCCUUGGAACAGACACGCCUGAGAUGUGGUGGUCACCCCAGUGCGCCGCUUCCGACCCGGCGCGCCGUCCCUUCGCCUGUAACUGCCACGAGGCGGAUCU